AUGCUACUUCCAUGUCAUUCCUUGCUCUUCUCAGGCAAAAGCUUCAGGGAGCAGCAGUGUGAGAAAUACAAUGCCUACAACCAUACUGAUCUGGAUGGGAAUCUCCUGCAGUGGGUCCCCAAGUAUUCAGGAGUGUCCCCCCGGGACCGAUGCAAGCUGUUCUGCAGAGCCCGGGGGAGGAGUGAGUUCAAAGUGUUUGAACCCAAGGUGAUCGAUGGCACUCUGUGUGGGCCGGACACUCUGUCCAUCUGCGUCCGGGGGCAGUGUGUUAAGGCUGGCUGUGACCAUGUGGUGAACUCACCUAAGAAGCUGGACAAAUGUGGGGUGUGUGGGGGCAAAGGCACUACCUGUAGAAAGGUCUCCGGUUCUUUCACCCCCUUCAGUUAUGGCUACAAUGAUAUUGUCACCAUCCCAGCUGGUGCCACGAACAUUGAUGUGAAACAGCGGAGCCACCCAGGGGUCCGGAAUGAUGGCAGCUACCUGGCACUGAAGACAGCCAGUGGGCAGUACCUACUCAAUGGCAACCUGGCCAUCUCCGCCAUAGAGCAGGACAUCUUGAUGAAGGGGACGGUCCUAAAGUACAGUGGCUCCAUGGCUACCCUGGAGAGGCUGCAGAGCUUCCAGGCCCUACCUGAGCCUCUCACAGUACAGCUCCUGACUGUGUCUGGUGAGGUCUUUCCCCCAAAACUCAGGUACACCUUCUUUGUCCCCAAUGACAUGGACUUCAGCACGCAGAAUAGCAAAGAAAGAGCGACCACCAACAUCAUCCAGUCACUGCCCCAUGCAGAGUGGGUGCUGGGGGACUGGUCUGAGUGUCCUAGCACUUGUGGAGGAAGCUGGCUUCGGCGGACUGUGGAAUGCAGAGACCCCUCGGGUCAGGCCUCUGACACCUGUGAUGAGGCUCUGAAACCUGAAGAUGUCAAGCCCUGUGGAAGCCAGCCAUGUCCCCUCUGAUCCCCUUGGUGGAAAUGUCUUAGGCUCAUGGACUUGGGCUACUGGGGUAUAUAGACAAGGGUCCCCUCUGAGGUGAUAUUAUCAAGAUGGCUUGGCCCUUCCAGGCCUCCUGUUACUACAGCCCUUUGGGUACUGCCUAAUUCAUAAGGAAGAGGAGAAGAGGGUACGAGGGUAACAGAUCCUGGAGUUGACUGUCCAGUGGACUGGACCUUGCUUAGGUUCAAGUAGAGGGUAUAAGUUAAAAGAUAAAAGUGCACUUAUUGAUCCAAAUGGGAGACUUCAGAGCCAACCUUUUUGCAAAGGACUUGGCAAAGUUAAGUGAAAAAGAAGAAUUUUUUUUUCUAUUUGGUUUCCCCAAUAAUCAAUCUACCUCACAGUGAGGGGGAAGUCAGUAUAUGAGAGGUAUGAGGCCAGGCGUUAUUGGUGAUGUCAAAGCAAGCUCCGAGUUAUCUUCAGAAAUGAAUAUCUUCAGUGUUAAAAGCCAGUGUCUAAAGGGUGGUGGUGUCCAUACAGGGUUCAAGAGAGCCACUUGUUCUCAGGCUGCCGCCUGCUGGGGUGGACCCCAUUUCAAAUAUUUAUGCAGAUAUGUCUCUGAACUAAAGUGGGAUCUUAUGCCA